AUGAGGACAGAUAUGGAUCGAGUCCAUAUCGAAUGGGUUGCCGGUUGGGGGUUGAUGAUUGUUGGUGUUUCAGGAUUGUGCGCAGUGGUGGGUGCACAAGUCGCCGUGGCUGAUGCUGAGACAAGGGAGGAGAAGAAGAAGAAGAAGAAGAAGAAGAAGAAGAAGAAGAAGAAGAUGAUGAUGAUGAUGAUGAUGAUGAUGAUGACGAUGACGAUGAUGAUGAUGAUGAUGAUGAUGAUGAUGAUGAUGAUGAUGAUGAUGAUGAUGAUGAUGAUGAUGAUGAUGAUGAUGAUGAUGGGAGUUCAGGAGUGCGGUUAGCGUUAGCCGUCGGCCUGGAGUAUGAGGCAGAACUUGUCGAGGAGACGGUAACUGGUGUUGUCCGGGUGCUGCAGUGGGUAAGAUGUCCUACAAGGCCGAUUGGUGACCGGAACCGUCUCUGGCAACGUUGGCAGUUCGGGACUGGUUGAGCGUCGGCGUUGCGCGGUGGGCGCAGUUGAGAUUUGUGAGCCUAGUGUUUUGCUUAAGCGGCAGUGAUGCGGUUGGCUUCACAGGUCGCUGUGCCCGUCUCCCCUGUCCUCUUCCAGGUCAGUCUGUCGGUCUCGAGCGAUGUCUUUUCAUUUGGCCAGGUUGAUCCGCAGACGCUUCAGGGAAGUCUUAAGAGUGUACUUAUAUCGAGUUGUUUGGGUUGCUGCUCGUCGUCCAUCCGCACGAAGUGGCCGCUCGAGCACAGUUGCAGCUGUCUCAGCAUGGCGUAAAAGCUGAGGAUUCCUGUCCGCUCCAGUACAUCGGUGUCCGGGAUCUGGCGCUGUCAUCUCAGCUUCAGUAUCCGUCGAAGACAGCUGCGGUGGGAGUGGUUAAGUCAGCGUGCCCGCUUCGUGUACAACUUCCAAGUCUCUGCUCCAUACAGCAACGUCGGGAUGACGACGGCCCUUUACGUCCACGGUUUGGUGCUAAGUUGGAGACUGUGGUGAUUCCAGACCCUGCUUUAGAGACGGCCGAAGGCCUGGAGGGGCUUUGGAGAUCCUGCGACUCAAUUCAUCGUCGGUUUUGGUGUUGUGAGAGAGGGUGCUGUCCAGAUACGUGAAGUUGUCCACCACUUGCAGUUGGGUUCCGUUCACGCUGAUUUGCGGCGCAUUGUGGUGAGGGGCUGUGCUGGGUGGCGGUGGGGGCAUGAAUAUCGUCUUCUCCGUGUUAUGAUCAGACCGAAGUUCUCGCAGGCGGCGGCGAAGAGAUCCAUGCUCCUGUGCAUGUCCCCUUCCGAGGUGGCGUUGAGGGCACCGUCGUCGAUGAGGAGAAGUUCAUGGACGGUCUUGGUGAUACACGCAACUGGAAGUGCAUCCUUCGGUGGUUGAGGAAGUGGCUGUCCGUCCUGUAGGCGAUGCGGAUCCCAGGGCGUUCGUCAAGCCAGGCGUUCAGCAGCAUGAUAGAGAGCAUGAGACUGAAGACGGUCAGCACGAGGACGCAGCCCUGAUUCACUCCUUCGAUCACUGCGAAUACCUCUGAGACAGCUCAAUUGUCCGUGACUCGCGCCAACAUGCCAUCGUGAAUCUGACGCACCAUCUGGGGGAAUCGUUCGAAACAGCCGAAAUUCUGCAUGAUUUUCCACAGCCCUUCGCGAUUCACCGUGUCGAAGACUUUCGUACGUUCCACAAAGAUAGAGUAGGGGUGAGUUUGCACCUCCUGACAUUUCUCUUGCAGUUGAUGGGCGGCGAAGAUCAUAUCGGUGGUUCCGCGGUGACGGCGGAAGCCACACUGGCUUUUCGGUAGUAGACUCUGUUUCAGAUGAUUAUUCAGGCGGUUCAGAAGAAUGCGAGAGAAGAUAUUCCCGGCGAAAUUCAACAAGGAGAUGUCUAGAUUGUUGUCGUUUAGCUGGUGAUUUCCAUUUCGCUUGUAUAAAUGCACGAUUGUGGCACCCUCGAAAUCUUGGGGCAAUUUUCCUUGACGCCAAAUCUCCUGUAAGAGCACCGUCAAAUUAUUCAUGAUUUGGAAGCCACCGCGCUUAUAGAUCUCAGCAGCGAUCGCGUCCGAUCCGCGCGCUUUCCCGCUGCAGCGCCAUUGCACGGCCCUGAUGGUUUCGUGUAGAGAGGACAGGAGAUCGAGGUUGGCGCUGGUCUCCACUUGAAGCAGACGGACGAUGGCGACGUCGGAGAUGGUGGAGGGGCGGUUGAGGACGCUUCUUAAGUCCUCGGGCCAUCAUUGUAGAAUUUGUGUCUUCCCAGUGACUAAGGUACUGCCGCCGGCGCUGAGAAGAUGAGGAGUAGCUUUAGUUGACAGACCGAAGACAGCCUUGAUCGCGAAGAAAUUCUUCCAUUCUUUGCGAUCCGCGUCCCCUUGAAUCUUCUUGACCUUGCGAGUCGUCCAAGCGUCCUUUAUUUCCCGAAGCCGCUGUUGGACAAGGCGGCGACUACGUUAGAUGGCCGCAUUUUGCCGUCAAUAGGGCGACUAAAGAAGAUCUUCUACAUCUGGUUCUUCCCGGAGGACAGGUUGCUGAUGGCGGCGUCGUUGUCGUCGGACCAGUCCUGAUGUUGGCGUCGUGCGUGAACAAGGACAGCCAGCGCCGUCGACUGGACUGUGCCCCGGAGUUGACACCAUCGUUUCUCCGCAGAGGCGUUCUCGUCAGCGUCGUUGGUGGCGGCGACUGGAAGGCUGGCUAA